CGCCCCACUCUGAGGGAUUCCUGCCCUUCCUGUGUCCUAUGUGUCCCUCGUAGAUGGCAGCCCUGGCUGGUGGGGUCCUGGCUUCAUCCACACUGGGGGCCGCUUCCCCUCCACCUGCCUCCAUUGUCCAUCUGCCAGGGUCACUCUGGCUGGGGUGCCCAGUAUACUUCUUGGGGUACUGACCGGAACACAUGAGUGACCACCUGUCCCUGCCUGCAGUGUUGCUGCACCGGGACCCCUGCAGGGCCUCGCGAGUCUGAGGCGGGGGCUUCCGCCACGACCCCUUCUACGGGGUCUGCCCUGGACAUUGCCUGUGGCCAGCGGCACCCUAGGACCCUGCAGCGGAGCUCUGGGAGGUCCCUGGUUAUUGGUGGGCACUAGCAGCUGCUUCUGCCUUGCUGCCUGUCCAGACACACCCCCUCCCGGGGUCGAGGCUGAGAAUGGAAACAACUUUCGGGCCCACCUUCUCUGCAGUCACCACCAUCAACAAAGCAGAUGGUGGGAACACAUACAAGCAGCACCGUAGGACCCCGUCCUCCAGCAGCACCCUGGCCUUUCCACCACGAGACGAGGAUGACAGCAUGCCCCCCAUCAGCACUCCACGCCGCUCCGACUCGGCCAUCUCCGUGCGCUCGCUGCAGUCUGAGUCUAGCAUGUCCCUGCGCUCCACUUUCUCCUUGCCUGAAGACGAGGAGGAGCCGGAGCCACUGGUGUUUGCUGAGCAGCCCUCGGUGAAACUGUGUUGCCAGCUGUGCUGUGGCGUAUUCAAGGACCCGGUGAUCACCACGUGUGGGCACACGUUCUGUCGGAGAUGCGCCCUGAAGUCAGAGAAGUGCCCUGUGGACAACGCCAAGCUGACAGUGGUGGUGAACAACAUUGCCGUGGCCGAGCAGAUCGGGGAGCUCUUCAUCCACUGCAGGCACGGCUGCCGGGGCGUGGGGGGCGGCAAGCCCCCCGUCUUCGAGGUGGAUCCCCGGGGCUGCCCCUUCACCAUCAAGCUCAGCUCCCGGAAGGACCAUGAGGGCAGUUGUGACUACAGGCCUGUGCGUUGCCCCAACAAUCCCAGCUGCCCACCACUGCUCAAGAUGAACCUGGAGGCCCACCUGAAGGAGUGCGAGCACAUCAAGUGUCCACACUGCAAGUACGGGUGCACGUUUGUCGGGAACCAGGACACUUACGAGACGCACCUGGAGACAUGCCGCUUCGAGGGCCUGAAGGAGUUCCUGCAGCAGACAGAUGACCGCUUCCACGAGCUUCAUGUGGCUCUGGCGCAGAAGGACCAGGAGAUUGCCUUCUUGCGCUCCAUGCUGGGCAAGCUCUCUGAGAAGAUAGACCAGCUGGAGAAGAGCCUGGAGCUCAAGUUCGACGUCCUGGAUGAAAACCAGAGCAAGCUCAGCGAGGACCUCAUGGAGUUCCGGAGGGACGCAUCCAUGCUAAACGAUGAGCUGUCCCACAUCAAUGCGCGGCUGAACAUGAGCAUCCUGGGAUCCUACGACCCCCAGCAGAUUUUCAAGUGCAAGGGCACCUUCGUGGGCCACCAGGGGCCUGUCUGGUGCCUGUGUGUCUACUCCAUGGGGGACCUGCUCUUCAGUGGCUCCUCGGACAAGACCAUCAAGGUGUGGGACACCUGUACCACAUACAAGUGCCAAAAGACCCUGGAGGGCCAUGAUGGCAUUGUGCUGGCGCUCUGCAUCCAGGGGUGCAAGCUGUACAGUGGCUCAGCGGACUGCACCAUCAUCGUGUGGGACAUCCAGAACCUGCAGAAGGUGAACACCAUCCGUGCCCAUGAUAACCCCGUGUGCACCCUUGUCUCUGCGCACAACAUGCUCUUCAGCGGUUCCCUCAAGGCCAUCAAGGUCUGGGACAUUGUGGGUACCGAGCUGAAGCUGAAGAAGGAGCUGACGGGCCUCAACCACUGGGUGCGGGCCCUGGUGGCUGCCCAGAGCUACCUGUACAGCGGCUCCUACCAGACAAUCAAGAUCUGGGACAUCCGCACCCUUGACUGUAUCCACGUCCUGCAGACGUCGGGCGGCAGUGUGUACUCCAUCGCUGUGACCAAUCACCACAUCGUGUGUGGCACCUAUGAGAACCUCAUCCACGUGUGGGACAUUGAGUCCAAGGAGCAGGUGCGAACCCUGACAGGCCACGUGGGCACCGUGUAUGCCCUGGCAGUCAUCUCCACACCAGACCAGACCAAAGUCUUCAGUGCUUCUUAUGACCGGUCCCUCAGGGUGUGGAGCAUGGACAACAUGAUCUGUACACAGACCCUGCUGCGGCACCAGGGCAGCGUGACAGCGCUGGCCGUGUCUCGGGGCCGUCUCUUUUCAGGGGCGGUGGACAGCACUGUGAAGGUCUGGACGUGCUGAUGUGGAUGUCAGGCAGCACGGUCACUCGGGGGGCCCAGCCCAGCUGGCCAGCCCUGGGCGCCUAUGGUGACCCCCUUCGGAGCUUCCAGCAUGGCCUGCACAGUUGCUACAGGGAUAGUGCCCAAGCUCUGUGUUGAUGCCAGGUACGACGCUGGCCUGGCCCACACUCCAACCCCACCCAGAUUGACUGCGGGCCUUUUUACUCAUUUUCUACUGUUUUUAGACUGUAUAUAGAUUUGGUUACUCUGUGAUUGGAAUAAACUACUCAGACUGAC